UGAAGUAUCUUGUAGGUAAUGUAAUGUAAGGUUCAAGCUGAUAUGGUAAUCUAAUACUACACACAAAAAAAGCGUUCAGGUCAUUAAGAAAUUACAGUUUUUAAUACACCGGUAGUCGGAAUUUUGUAGAACUAACAUGACCGUUAUUCUUUGCAAAUGGCUGGUUUAUCCAGACAUUGAGUCCAUAUACAAAGAAGAUGUUUCGCUUGAUCUCUCGUUCAUAAGUUAACUGCUGGAAAGAUGAAAUUCGAUACGCAGCUUUGUUUGAUUCUCUUCAGUAAAUUGCUACAUUAUAUAGGCCUAUACAUUUUUUUUUUUUUAUCAAUUGGAUCUGUUGAGAACUGAAAACGUCAUUUAUUCGGCUAUCGAUGUUGCCAUCUUACAGUAUUUACAGCCGUAGAUACUAAGCUAUACUGUGCAUUUUGUGUUAUUCCUGUUUAUUUAUUUCAGCUUGUUUUAAAUUAACAGAUAUGUGUUGUAUGACGUAAGACUGUGGACAGUUUUAACAUUAUUCAGUUUCCAGUUCGUAAUAUAGGCCUACUACUACUAAUAAUCUCGUCUAAUACAUUAACGGAUCAGACAUAAUGUCCCAAAACAGACGACAAUCCAUCCGGCCAUCUGACAUCGAUCAGUUGCGUCAGCUGCCAAAUCCGGAGAGCAUCGGCGAUCGUCGCAGAAGCAUCUACACCGUUGGGACGGGACGCCGAAGCAGCAGCAUCCACUCAGGACAGCUCUCUCUCCUGGCGGUGCGAAAAUUCAACAAGAAAUUCGGCCGAGCCGAAACGGCGUUCAAGAGCGUCAACUAUGAAGCCACGUACCGCAUGGAGCCAAACGUGACAUUCAGCCCCCCGAGCGUCAAGCGGAUCAUCGUGGAGACGCUGAAGGACCUGUUGGAAGAUCAGGAGUACGAUCCCAUGAGCUGCUCUUCCAUGUGUCGGUCGGUGGGUGAGGAGGUCAAAGACCGAGUGAAGCUGCUGGGAUACGACCGAUACAAAAUCGUCGUGAUGGUCGUCAUAGGGGAGAAGAAGGACCAGGGUGUCAUGGUCACGAGCCGGUGCGCCUGGUACACCAAGUUCGAUAACUUUGCAGAAGGUGCCUACCAGAACAAACACCUGUUCUGCAGUACCCAGGUGUUCGGACUGUAUUUGGAUUGAUGAUUCCCAGGUGUGACUAGUGAUUUCAUACAUUUAUACAAUUCAAGUAGGCCUAGCAGUUUUAUAUGUAUACAAUUUUUAUAUAUAUUUUUUUAAAUUUAUUAAUUUAUUUUAUUUUAUUUUUUGUUUGAAUUCUCAUUCUUUGUUAAUAUUUAUAAUAAAGUUUAAAAACAGCUACAGAUAUCAGACUAUAUUCUUAAUUUUGAAUAACUACUUUACACGGGAAAAGUUUGUAGCCAUGACAAUAUAGCAGGUUAAAUAAACAGUUUUUAAAAAGUUACAAAUGAUACAUUUUUAAAUAAUUAUUGGAGGAUAUAUUUUGAAUGUUAUAUAUUUUAUUUUGUAAAUUGCUAAAUUUAGAAUUUUUCAUGUCGUUUUUGU